CGGCCACUCACAAGCACUGGCUUGCCGCAGCAGUAUCUUGCAUCGUCCAGUAUGUCAUUCUGCCCUCGCCCGAGCCCCCUCCCCAGCCGCUCCCCAGUGUUGCGUCUGGCUCCCAGUUCGACACAAAGAAACGGCCCGCCGUGCCGGCCGAAGCGCCACCAUGGCGGCGCCCCCGUGCCGCCCUGCGCUGGAGCGCCCCUCCCUGCUGCUGAUGCUGCAGGUAGCUUCUUUCAUGUACAUCGGCGCUCACGGUGCGGAGUUGCACCCGGGGCACCCCGCGGUUCACCAGACUGCGCUCUGGCGCCAGCCGAAGAGGACUCGCAGGGCUGCGAACCGUGGAGAGAUGGUGCAGGUGGCCGCGGACGGCCAGGUGCUCUCUGCGAACCAGAGCAUGGAAAUCUCCACCAAGCUGGAAGACAUGACCUCGGAGUACAUUGGCACGAUUGGCGUGGGCACGGCCGCGGACGGCGGCCCGCAGUUCGAGGCGAGAGUGGUGUUCGACACUGGUAGUACGAACCUGUGGGUGGCCUCCGUCCUCUGCCACACCUACCCGUGCCCGGCGGAAAACGAGAACAAGUUCUACGACCCGAAAAAGUCUACAACGCAGGAGGCCUUCACUGGCACUGACCUGACGAGGGAUCCAGGCGCGGACAUCGAUAUCAUGUUCGGCACCGGGGAGCUGCGCGGGCCUCUGCACGUCGACACGUACAGGGUCGGCCCCCUGAGGGUGAAGCAGCAGCCGUUCGCCAUGAUCCGGGAGAUGAACGGAGAGGUCUUCGCCGCGUUCCCCUUCGAGGGCAUCCUGGGCCUCGCGUUCAAG